CACCCUGCCCAGGCGCCCACUUGAUAAGGGCCAAAGUCUAGCGCCCGGCGGCCUCUGCCUUUUAGAGCUCGGCGCGCCCGCUGCCUGCCAUGGCCUCCCGGCUCUUCUGCAGGUCUCUACGGAGUUGGAGCCGCCUGACCAACCAGCCUCGGCUCGCCAUCACCCCGAGUACCAGGUCCUUACAUGCAGAAGGGAAAGGUCGUCUGGAAAGUUCUUCUGCCAAAAGCCUCACUGAUGUUGGUAUUCGAAGAAUCUUCUCUUCAGAACAUGAUAUCUUCAGGGAAAGUGUCCGAAAGUUCUUUCAAGAGGAGGUGAUUCCACAUCACACAGAGUGGGAGAAAGCUGGAGAGGUAAGUAGAGAAGUUUGGGAAACAGCUGGAAAACAAGGACUUCUAGGUAUCAACAUUGCAGAGAAACAUGGUGGUAUUGGUGGAGACCUGUUAUCUUCGUCCAUUGUCUGGGAGGAACAAGCAUACUCAAAUUGUACAGGCCCUGGAUUUAGUCUUCAUUCAGACAUUGUUAUGCCCUAUAUUGCAAACUAUGGAUCAGAAGAACAGAUUAAACGUUUUAUCCCUGAGAUGACUGCUGGCAAAUGUAUUGGGGCCAUAGCUAUGACAGAACCCGGGGCAGGAAGUGACUUACAAGGAGUAAGAACAAAUGCAAAGAAAGAUGGAAAAGACUGGAUUCUCAAUGGUAGCAAGGUCUUUAUUACUAAUGGGUGGAUGAGUGAUGUAGUGAUUGUCGUUGCUGUUACAAACCGUGAAGCUCGUUCUCCUGCCCAUGGUAUUAGUCUUUUCCUAGUGGAAAAUGGAAUGAAAGGAUUCAUCAAGGGACGAAAGCUUCAUAAAAUGGGAUUGAAAGCUCAAGAUACAGCAGAGCUGUUUUUUGAAGAUGUUCGUUUGCCAGCAAGUGCUCUACUUGGAGAAGAAAACAAAGGUUUCUAUUACCUCAUGGCAGAGCUCCCACAGGAAAGGUUACUGAUUGCUGACAUAGCCAUUUCUGCAUGUGAAUUUAUGUUUGAAGAAACUAGGAAUUAUGUCAAACAGAGAAAAGCUUUUGGGAAAACAGUUGCACAUAUACAGACGGUUCAGCACAAACUAGCUGAAUUGAAAACACAUAUUUGUGUGACCAGGGCUUUUGUGGACAGCUGUCUCCAGCUUCAUGAUGCAAAACGUCUGGAUUCAGCUACUGCUUCCAUGGCAAAAUACUGGGCAUCUGAACUACAAAACAGUGUGGCUUAUGAUUGUGUGCAACUCCAUGGAGGAUGGGGAUACAUGUGGGAAUACCCCAUUGCAAAAGCAUAUGUGGAUGCACGAGUCCAGCCAAUCUACGGUGGAACCAAUGAAAUAAUGAAGGAACUGAUUGCUAGAGAGAUCGUCCAUGACAAGUAAACAUCUACUCUCAUCCAAUUACUUCUGAGCUGAAUUUAAAAUGAAAACAUGUUUGAAUUUUUUUAAUACAGGAUAAACAAAGUUGGAAGAUGAAAAAUUGCUUUGUUGUGGAAGAGUUCUUUAGGGACACUACUUUUUGAAAUUUUUUAAUGGAAAGCUUAAUUUUCAAUACAGUUUUACCUAAACUGAGAAAAAAAAAGAGUAAUACUUAUUAGGGGUCUGAGUGGCUCAAAUUUGAACUUAAUCUAAAAUUUUUAAAUGAUCCUAAUUUGAGUUAGAGUUAACAUGGAAUAAUUUUAACUGACUUCUGCUAAUAUUAUUCACAUAAUUUCUUCAAGUCCUGUCCCUGAGGAAGUAUUAAUACUGACAUUUCCAUUUUAAUUUGUAAGAGAACUAUUAUUUGCUCCCAUACUUUUCUUUUAAAAUGUUUAUACAUGGAUCUCAAAGAAGUGGCUUUUAUUUCAAAGGAAAAUAAUGUCAAUAAAUGCAGCAAAUUAAUUUGCAAAUAAAUCACAUUAUAUAAAAAUGUUUUGUGUAUAUUAAUGAAACAUUAAACACAUAAAUGCUUAAAUUAUUCUUGUUAAUCAUGAAAACCAAAGGGGCACAUCUGUCAUUGUGCUUUGUUUUGUUUUGUUUGCUACUUCUCACUGGGGAGGACAAAGGUAAUGUUGAAAGCUGGUUGUCUCCCAAAUUUAUAUACAUAUUCAUUAUGGAUCCAUAUAGAUUUCUUUUCUCUGAGGCUUCUGACUCAGACAAAACAUUUUUUUAAACUAUUACUAGAUUUUCCCUGAGGGGAUAUUUUUAUCUGUAGUAACUUGGAUGAAGACAUGGAUGGCAUCUUUAUAAAAUUUGCAGAUAACAGAGUUCUGUGGAUAACUAGCAAAUUGUAUGACAGAAUCAGGACUCAAAAUAAUCUUGAUAGGCUAUAGAAAGGCGUUGACAGGUCUCAAAUAAUAUGAAAAUUUUAAAUGUGUUCACAAAGGCCUAUUCUGAUGCCUCUUCCUAGUGUGGAAAUGAUCUUGACUUCUCCAAAUCUGUCCUUUGACAAGUUUUACUAUGCUGGAAAGGUUGCAGACAUUUGAACCAGCAGUGCAUUGAUCUGCUUUCCAAGGAUCAGUCUAAGUACAGAGAAACUGACUUGUAAACAGUAGACUAGACCUUUGGUGAUGAAUUCUUUUGCUAUGGUCCACCCAAUAAACAAAGGAAAAUAAA